AUGCCGUUCGCUCAAGCUCUACUCAGCGACGAAGCAAUUCCUGUCGCAGCGCGCCAGCAAGCUCUGGAUCGCAUCUUUUCUGACCCAGGUAUUCCUUGCUCAACCACAACCUCCUCUUUCUGGCUCCAAGAGCCGCACCCGCGCUUCACCCAGCGGGCCCUGACUACCACUACACUGCCCAGCGUGAGCGAUGUCGUAAUCAUUGGCUCUGGGAUUACAGGCGUUUCUAUUGCACGCACGCUACUCCAAUGUCGUGCUCAUGAAUCUUCCGUGCCGACACAUCCAGCCGUCGUCAUGCUCGAGGCCCGCGGCAUUUGUAGCGGUGCCACGGGCCGUAAUGGCGGCCACAUCCUCGAGACCGCAGACGAAUAUGCUGAGCUUGCUGAUGUAUUUGGUGAGGACGUUGCGCGCAAGACAUUACGCUUCCGUCUGUCGCAUCUGAAGGAGAUGCUUCGCGUUGCGGAUGAGUUUGGUUUGACGGAGGAGGCGCAGGCACGCAAAGUGCAGUUCCUCAGUGUGUUUUUCGAGGAUGACUCGUUCAAGGAAGCGCUGGAUAGACUGCAGAAGUUCAGAGAGGGACUUCCUGAAGAGUCAGCGGAGUGGACUGCCUAUGAAGCUGGUGCUAUUCCCAAGGAGUUCAACCUUUCUCGUGCGCGAGGUGUCAUUGCUGGUCCAGCUGGUGCUCUGUGGCCCUACAAGUUUGUGACAGGCGUGUUGUCCCGUCUGCUGGAAGAGUAUCCGCAGGAUUUCCUCGUCGAAGAACAUACAGCCGUGACCGCCAUCCACAACACAUCUUCAACCAAGGAGCUGCGCUACAAAGUCGAGACUAGUCGGGGCACAAUCUUUGCCAAUCACGUCAUUCAUUGCACCAACGCACAUGUUAGUCACUUGGUCCCAGGCCUGCGUGGACGCAUCUUCCCCGUGCGCGGCCAGAUGUCGGCGCAGACACCCGGUGACCGGUUCCCAUGCCAGGCAAAGGAGCAUUCAUGGCUUUUCAAUUACGAACGUGGCUUCGACUACCUUACCCAGCUUCCGGGUGGCCAGAUGAUGCUUGGCGGCGGAUUCGCGCAGGGCGAGGGCGGCGGGCUUGCCGAUCUGGGCAUCGCAACAGACUCAGACCUAAGCCUAUACAUUGACAUCCACCUCUCGGGCGCUUUGAGCGCCAUUUUCGGCCGCCAGGCUUGGGGGCGUGUGAACGGCGAUCCCGUACAGGCAAUGUGGACAGGCAACAUGGCUUUCAGCUCUGACGGGUUCCCCUGGGUGGGACGGUUGCCUGCUUCGAUGACACGUCGUGACAGUGACCGUAGUGCCUCUGCCUCCUCCCACGGCAACGGUGCCGAAUGGGUGUGUGCGGCUUUUGGUGGCGAGGGUAUGGUGCAGGCUUGGCUGUGCGGCAAGGCCCUGGCCACGAUGCUCCUCCUGCAGGACCGCCGACUUGCUCCGACUGCUGACGCAGAUAUGUCGUGGUUCCCAGAUCAGAUGCUUGUUUCUGAAGAAAGAAUUGCUGCCGCGGAGUUGCCCAACAGCGUGGCUGACAAUCGUCGUCAGGCGAAUCUGUAG